AUGGAUUUGAAACACAAGGUAGCAUUAGUCACGGGAGCAGCAACAGGCCUGGGCCGAGCCUUCUGUGAAGAACUUUUGAAGUAUGGCGCAAAGGUGUCAAUAUGUGACCUGGACUCAGAUGCAGGUGAAUUGACGACCAAAGAGUUGGAGCAUGAGUUUGGUGCUAAUCGCGUCCUAUUUUGCCAUUGUGAUGUGACUGACUAUGUUCAGUUCGAAGAAGCAUUCCAGUACACGAAAACUAUUUUCAACGACAUCGAUAUUGUAAUUAAUAAUGCAGAGAUUAUGAAUGAUAAAUUCUGGGAGCUGGAAGUUGACGUUAACCUUAAUGGGGCAAUACGUGGAACGUUACUCGCACAGCAAUUCAUGAGCAAGGAUAAGGGUGGCAAGGGUGGAGUGCUAGUAAAUAUUGGGUCGGCCGUGAGUGUAAAACCACAACUUUCCACCCCUAUUUACACAGCCACUAAACAUGCCAUCCUUGGUCUAACCAAAUCGUGUGGCGAUCCAUACCAUUACAAUAUAAACGGUAUUAGAACAUUCGCCUACUGUCCAGGGCCCAUUGAAAACUCAUUUUCCCAUAAUAAGCGAUUCAGCUCACCAGCGCAUGAAAAAGCAUGGAAACUGGACAUGUCCGGUUUUCAGUUCCAAAAACUGGAACAUGUAGCGCGAGAACUUAUCCCUCUGCUAAAAAACGCAACUACCGGUUCUAUUUGGCUGGUAAGCAAUGGAAAACCUCCCAAGGAGAUAACAUAUAGCAGCAUUUAA